CAUGUUAAUGUCCCUUGCAGUUGUGCAUGCAUCUCGCUAUCCACCCGACUCUAGAUUCCAAAAGAUGCUCCUCCGCGGGGCCCAUAUAGCUGAGAGACGGGAUUAUGGAACUUCGUAGACGCCAUGUCAUCCUAGCCGUCCUUGCUGUCUUUAUCGCAUGGGGAUAUGCUACCCACUGGGUUCCCUCCAUCCGAUGGAUCCCAUACGCCUUCGUGUCCGGCGUUGUCGCAACGGUCGCAAUAUCCCUCUGGCUCAUCCUCACCACGGCUCGGAGAAAACGAGCCCUCCAACGACCACGAACUCAGAAAGAAGACCGCAUCGCGUUCAUCGCUCCCCAAACCUGGCAGCUCGAAACCGCCGCGCAACGUCGCCAUCUCCUCUACCGCCGCGAUCCCAUCUACCCCCCCUCCUCCGAGGUCUCCCAAGCCGCCGACCGCCUCCUCAACCUCAUCCUCCGCGACUUCGUGCAAUCCUGGUACUCCAAGAUCAGCCCGCGCCCCACCUUCACCAACGAAGUCGACCGCGCCAUCCGCACCGCCCUGAAGAACAUCCUCGACCGCGUCCUUGCGCUCGACCUCGUCGACAUCGUUGUCUCGCGCCUCAUCCCCAUCGUCACCGAGCAUCUGCGCGACUUCGACGAGGCCGAGCGCGCGGUGCGGGGAAGGAAGUUGAGCCGCAGCGUCACCGAAUCCGAGGAGCUGGAUCUGGCCAUUGCGGCGAAGUUUCGGGAGGGCAAGCUGCAUGCAGCGGCGAGUUUGGCAUAUGCGAACCCGAAGACCGCGCAGCAGCAGCAUCUGAGAGGGAUCGUGACACGGUGUCUGACCCUGCUGCUCCCGGAGGACAUGACUAAGAGCGCGUCGGUCGUGGUGCUGGUGAAGGAGAUUGUAUCGUGUGCGGUGCUCUAUCCCGUGACGCAGGCGCUGAUCGACCCGGAUACAUGGAAUAAAUUGCUGGAGGGAUAUGGGCGCGCAUUUCUUCAAGAGCGGAAGACGGUCCGAAAGUUACGGGCUGCCCUCGACGAGCACGCUCCGCCGUCCCCAAAGUCAGGUAAACCCGCUGUUUUCCCGAAGCUGUCCGCGAAUGAUAGCGAGCGGCGGUUCGAGCGAUUCAUCCGAGCGGUCCGGAAAUGCAACAAUCUCUCGGACGCGCGUCGGUUCCGGAGCGAGGUGGCCAGCCAACUAUGGAAAGAGUCCAACGAGGAAGGGCAGGAUCCGCUGUACCUGCGACGGCUGGAAACGGGGAAGCGCAUGCUGGAUCAGAAGAUCGCGAGUCUGGGCGCGGGGGCGUUCGGGAAGCCGAAGUUGUCGUUGCAGCCGCCGGGGCAGGCGACGCCGUCGUCAACGCUGGAAAACGCCGCGUUGCGGGAGGUGUUGUAUAACGCCUCGGGGCUAUCGUGCUUCAUGGAGUAUAUGGAGCGACUGGGCCUUAUCCGCCUCGUGCAGUUCUGGAUCGUCGUCGAUGGGUUCCGCAACCCGCUCGAAGUCGACACGGACGACCCGUCGGAAUACGUGGGCGGCGACGCAUAUUGGACCGAGUCCGACCGCACGGAUCUGGCGCAGAUCAACGGCGGGUAUCUAUCGAAGCCGGAAUUGAAGGUCUCGCCAGUGGCGAAGGAAGCGGUGAAGUCGUUCCUAAGAGCCGGGAAAGAAGCGACUGGGGCACAAUAUCACGCGGCAAGACGGGCGGUCCUGGAGGCGCAGACGGCCGUGUACGAGGAGAUGCAGGAUGUGCACUUCCGGAACUUCAAGAAGACAGAUCUCUGGUUCAAGCUUCUGGCAUCGGAAGAACGAGAAGCGAUCCCCGCUCCACCCAGCCCUACAUCUUCCCUCGGCCAGGUGGAGGAGUUCAGAAAACAUGCGGCUCCUAAACCUCGGAAUGCCCGCCUGAGCACAACCAACGCAUUGAAGCCAACCGACCUCCGACGAGCGGUCGUCUCCGCGACGAAUCUACGAGACGUAGCCCGAUCCGAGAACGGGGACGAGUCUCCCCGACGAUCACUCGACGAUUCCAACCGUGCACCCCUCUUCGACGACGAACCCAGCGCCGACCCCUUAGCUGACUCCGUCCAAAGCCUCGACUCCGACCCCGGCCCCGCAAAAAACGUGCAAGACCCCAAAGUCGUCGACGCCAUGCAGACCGCGCUGAACCACAUCCUCGAGGAACCACCCGACCCCGACUCGCUGUUCUCCGACCCCGCCGUCCGCUCCCCCCCCGACGCCGACUCGCUCCGCAGCUCGCUGGACAUCCCGCGGGCCGGGUCUCCCGCGCUGAAAAAGGGGAAGCUCAGCAUCGCGUCGCUGGGCCUCGUCGGCGGGCCGGCGAGCCGCGGCGUGUUCCACGACGACCUUUUCGGCGACGAACAGAAGUUCAUCGAGGACGAACGGGAGGACAGCGAUGAUAUCAAGACGCCCGUGGAGGACGAGAUCCACGAAGCGGCGCCGGGCGACCUCGGCCUCGCUGAGGCGAUCGACGCGCUGACGGGGGACAUCGAGAAGCUGGUGACGCAGGAGGCAAUCGUGGAUUCGCUGAUGAAGAAGGCGGAGCUGACGAACAAUGCGGCGGAGCUAAGGAUCUUGCGGAAGUCGAAGACGAGCUUGCAGCGAGAGAUUAGUCGGAAGGAGUUGCAGCGGCAGCAGUAUAUCGUGCAGGAGAGCGAGAGUAGUUUGUUUGGGCGGGCGACGAUUUCGAUUACGUCGAUCAUGGUGGGGCAGGAGCCGGAUGGGAAGGAGUACGCUUUGUGUAAGUUUCCGGUUUUUAUAUUCGCGGUCGAACGGGAAUUGACAUAUUUCAGAUGUGAUCGAAGUGCGGCGGGAAGCUGGCGAGCAGAUGCCAGCGGCUGCAUGGGUUGUCGCUCGGCGAUAUAGCGAGUUCCAUGAACUGAACAAGCGACUCCGUGCUCGGUAUUCGCAGGUGCGAAACCUGGAGUUCCCACGACGGCAGAUGGUGUUGAAGCUGCAGAAAGACUUCCUACAGAAGCGGCGGAUCCUCCUCGAGCGAUAUCUCCAAGAACUCCUCCUCAUUCCCGCUAUCUGCCGCAGCCGCGAACUCCGCGCGUUCCUCUCCCAAGCCUCUAUCGCCCACCGCAACCCUCAAGACCCCCAAGCCGACACCCGCGACUUCGUCU